AUGUCUGAAAAUACAGAUGAUUAUUCUUAUGACUACGAAUACUUGUAUAAAAUCGUUUUGAUUGGAGAUUCCGGUGUUGGUAAGUCUAACUUGUUGUCGCGUUUCACGAGAGAUGAAUUUAACUUAGAAUCUCGCUCAACUAUUGGUGUCGAGUUUGCUACAAGGACUCUUGAAAUUGAUGGAAAGAGAGUAAAAGCCCAGAUUUGGGAUACUGCCGGUCAGGAAAGAUAUCGUGCCAUUACAAGUGCGUAUUACAGAGGGGCUGUUGGUGCGUUAAUUGUGUACGAUAUUUCCAAAACAGAGUCUUAUGAGUCCGUUUCAAGAUGGUUAAAGGAACUAAAGGAGCAUGCAGACGCUAACAUAGUCAUUGAGUUGGUAGGUAAUAAGUCAGAUUUAGACCACUUAAGAGCUGUACCAACUGAUGAAGCCAAGAAUUUUGCCAACGAAAAUAACUUGUUAUUUACAGAAGCAUCUGCGUUAUCUUCUGAUAACGUAGAUCUUUCAUUUCACCAACUUUUAAAAAGUAUUUACGAAAUGAUUAGCAAGCACCAGUUAGAUACGAAUGAGGGCUCAUCUGCCAAUAAGCCAUCUGGUGGCCCCACUAUUUCCUUAACUCCAGCUCCACAAGAGAAGAAAAGUAAAUCAAAUUCUAACUGCUGUUAG